AUGGAGAUACAUAAGAAAACCUGCACUGGGGAUGAGAAACUGGAUAGCCUUCCUGGAACUAUGUUUGAAAUGGAUAUGAGUGGCCUCAGCUACAAUGUCUACAAUGCUGUCUAUGCUGUGGCUCAUGCUUUGCAUGACAUCCAUAUAUCUAAAUCCAAACAUAGAAAAGUGGUAGAAGAAGAGAAGAUGUAUUUCCAGAAUGUUUCACCAUGGCAGUUCCACAACUAUAUAGGGAGGAUCGCCUUCAAUAAUAGUGCUGGAGAUAAUGUACAUUUUGAUCAAUAUGGAGAAUUAGUUGCAGGUUUUGAUGUUACUAACUGGGUUACUUUCUCAAAUGGGUCAUUUGCUAGAGUAAAAAUGGGAAGGCUGGAUCCUCAGGCUUCUUCGAACAAAGAACUAACACUGAAUGACAAUCAAAUUGUGUGGCAUAGAUAUGGACAGGUGCGGCCACUUUCUGUGUGCAAUGAUGCUUGCUGGCCUGGCUCCAGUAAAGAAAAGAAGGAGGGAGAGCAAUUUUGCUGCUAUAAUUGUGCUCUGUGUCUGGAAGGGAUGGUCUCUGAGCAGAAGGAUAUGGAUGCCUGUGUCGAAUGUCCAGAUGAUCUCUAUCCCAGUAAAGCGCAUAAUCAAUGCAUUCCUAAGGUUGCAAGCUACCUCUCCUAUAAAGAGACUUUAGGGGUCACCUUAGCUUUCCUGGCUAUUUCUUUUUCUCUGGUCACAGCUUUGGUGCUUGGAACCUUCAUCAAAUACAAGGACACUCCAAUUGUCAAAGCCAACAACCGAAGCCACACCUACGUUCUUCUCAUCUCCCUUCUGCUUUGCUUCCUCAGCUCCUUACUCUUCAUUGGACAACCUUCACAAGUGACCUGCCUGCUCCGCCAAACUACUUUUGCUAUUAUCUUCUGUGUGGCCAUUUCCAGUGUGUUGGCCAAAACCAUCACUGUGGUCCUGGCCUUCAUGGCCACCAAACCAGGAUCCAGGAUGAGGAAAUGGGUGGGCAAAAAAACAACACAUUCUAUUGUUCUUUCUGGCUCCUUUAUUCAAAUACUGAUUUGUACUCUUUGGCUAAGUACUUCCCCUCCAUUUCCAGAUAAGGAUAUGCACUCAGUGCCAGGAAGAAUCAUACUGGAAUGUAACGAGGGCUCAGCUAUCAUGUUUUACUCUGCCCUUGGCUAUCUGGGCUUCUUGGCCAUUGUCAGUUUCACUAUGGCAUUCCUAGCCAGGAAGUUACCUGACAGUUUUAAUGAAACCAAGUUAAUCACUUUCAGUAUGUUGGUCUUUUGCAGUGUUUGGUUUUCCUUUGUUCCAACUUAUUUGAGCUCCAAAGGGAAAUACAUGGUGGCUGUGGAGAUCUUCUCCAUCUUGUCCUCCAGUGCUGGCUUAUUGGGUUGCAUCUUUUCCCCAAAAUGCUACAUCAUUUUGCUGAGGCCAGACUUGAACAAGAGGGAACAGCUAAUUAGGAAAGUGUGA